CUAAGUUUUAAAUGUCAAACAUUUAGUAUCCACGAGAAACUUGGCCAUUUUCUUAUUCACAAGUUAUAACCGCCGCGCUUCUUGAAAGAAAAAACAAUUAUUUAAUAAUUAAAAUUUAUAAAACAACUACUAAAAUGGCAAGAGACCGGUCAGGAUCGGCCGAAGCUGAGAAAGAAAAAGAAAAAAAACCAGUUGUUCGCGGGCGAGAGCGCGACCGCAGGCGUCGUGGGUCAGCUAGCAGUAGCAGUGAUAGCAGUGCGAGUUCUUCCGACAGCUCAUCUUCACGCAGCAGUUCUGGUUCUGGAUCGCGUUCCAGUUCCUCAGACACAUCCUCCUCUGGUUCGUCUUCUUCGAGUUCGUCUAGUGGUUCAGAUCGUGGUCGUGCUCGUAGGAAGAGUGCUUCUCGAUCAAAAUCGCCUACAACAAAGGCUCCAGUCCGCAAAGAAUCCAAAGAAAGAGAUACAGUUCGUGCUAAAGAUCGUCCUCGCGAUGAUGACCGCAACAAAAAGCGCACAAAAUCUCGUUCAAAAGAGCGAGUACGCUCACGAUCUCGUAGUGGUACUAGAUCUCCUCGUCGCAAACGCCGUGAACGUUCACCUACCCCGAAACCCGUUCGUAUCCACAUCGGGCGAUUAACUCGUAACGUAACCAAAGAACACGUAACAGAGAUAUUCAGCUGUUUUGGGGAAGUUAAACAAGUCGAUUUCACAACCGAUCGUUUCCAUCCAACUUUUGGACGAGGAAUGGCGUAUGUGGAAUUCACCACUCCCGAAGAGUGUGAGAAUGCAAUGAAACAAAUGGACGGCGGUCAAAUCGAUGGACAGGAAAUCACCGUGGCACCGGUAUUACAGCAAAAAAUACGACCUCCCAUACGCCGAAUGUCACCGAUGAUGCGUCGAGGACCUCCACCACGUUGGCGUUCACCAUUCCGUUUUAAUCGGAAUAGAAAUCGUUCCCCAAUAAGACGUCGCAGCCCGCGUCGUCGUUCCCGUAGCCCAAUUCGUAGAAGGAGGCGCAGCGUUAGCUCGGACAGUUCUCGUUAGUAAGAUAAAGAGAGACAGGACAAACAUUUUAAAACUAAGAAAUUACAUCCUUGACGACGUAUUUAAGUCUCAGAAAUAAUAAAAUACAAAAUCUUCUUCUUUUAACUUCA